AUGUCCACCGACGCCGUUCUCCCCGAGGACGAACCUCUACAUGCCCUUUCUCCUGUUGACGGCCGCUAUAAACCCGCCACAGCCGCUUUGCGGGCCUUUUUCUCCGAAUUUGCGUUUUUUAAGUACCGCGUGAAGGUCGAGGUGCUUUAUUUCAUUGCGUUGUGUAAAGAAGUCCCGGCGAUUACAAAACUCCGCGAGGUCACCGACGAACAACUCGCGACCCUUCGCGCGCGGACGUACGAACAUUUCUCCCGCCCCGAUAUUCAGCGCCUCAAGGCGAUCGAAUCCACCACCCACCACGACCUCAAGGCCGUGGAAUAUUUUGUGAAGGAGAAAAUGCGGACCAUCCCGGGGCUGGAAACCAAAACGGAAUUUGUCCACUUUGGGUUAACCUCGCAGGAUAUUAAUAAUACGGCGAUCCCAAUGAUGCUGCGGGAUGCCCUCGAAGGGGUUUAUUUGCCCGCGUUGGGGAGACUUUGCCAGGGCCUCCGCGCGCGCCUACCCGCGUGGGAUUGCCCGAUGCUCGCGCGCACCCACGGCCAGCCCGCGACCCCAACGAAUCUCGCGAAAGAAUACGCCGUGUGGUUAGAACGAUUGGGGAAUCAAGAAAAACUCCUCCGGGGCCUCCCCGCGAGCGGGAAAUUCGGCGGGGCGAGCGGGAAUUUAAACGCCCAUCGCGUGGCCUUCCCCUCGGUAGAUUGGGUCCACUUCGCGAAGACGUUCUUGGCGAAGUAUCUCGGCCUCACCCGGCAGACCUACACCACGCAAAUCGAGCAUUAUGAUAACAUCGCCGCGAUCGGGGACGCCUGCGCGCGCGUGCAGCGAAUUUUGAUCGAUCUUUGCGUGGACACCUGGUGGUAUAUCGCCUUUGGCUAUUUCACGCAAACGACCAAAUCGGGCGAAGUGGGGAGCAGCGCGAUGCCCCACAAGGUCAAUCCGAUCGACUUUGAAAACGCGGAGGGGAAUUUGGGCGUGAGCAACGCGCUUUGGCAUUUUUUAUCCAGUAAAUUGCCCAUCUCCAGGCUCCAGCGGGAUCUCUCGGAUAGUACGGUGCUUCGAAAUCUCGGCGUCCCGCUCGGGCAUGCCGUGAUUGCCUUUCACUCGAUCGAGCGCGGGUUAGGCAAACUUCGGGUAAACCCCAAAGCUCUUACGGAGGAUCUUCAUCAUAACUGGGCAGUGGUAGCGGAAGGGAUUCAAACGGUCCUCCGCCGUGAGGACUUUCCAAAUCCCUACGAGGCGCUGAAGGAAUUCACGCGUGGAAAGGGGGGGCUAACCGAGGAAACCAUGCAUAAGUUUAUUGAUAGCCUAGAUGGCAUUAGCGAGGCGGUACGGCAAGAGUUAAAGGCAAUUACCCCGCUAAACUACGUCGGGUACUCCAGUUCUCACCUUUAA